AUGGGUGCUCACUCUGCUGUUUGGCAAGGUACGAUUGAAUCUGUCUUCUUGCUCUCAGGAUAUGUCGAUUCCAGCUUGAUGGGAUCCGGCCAGUUUGACAAGGCUGCCGUUCUGAGCCACGACCUUGGCGGCACCGAGGCUUACUCUCCCGGCUUCACAAUCAGUGUCGAUGAGCUCAAGGAACUCGCUGCCGCCUUCGCUAAUAGCGCCACGGCGAUGGCCAAUGGUUUCCACGUCGGCGGCGAGAAGUUCGUCGCUAUCCGGGCCGACGACCGCAGUCUAUACGGAAAGAAGGGCAAGGAGGGUAUUGUCGUUGUGAGGGCCAAGUCCUGCGUCAUGAUCGCCCACCACCCCGAGUCUGUUCAGACCCCCAACGCCGCCACCGUGGUCGAGAACCUCGUUGACUACCUCAACAAGUACUAG